AUGGCCGACGAAAAAAACGCUGAAGUUGUAAGUGGGGAGGAAAAGAUAACAGAUGAGUUAACAGAUGAGGAUAACCAGAGUGUUAUGUCUGAUGGUCUCAUGCAGAUAUUUAAACCAGCAGUUCAAGAGCUUGAUGAAAAGGUUUUAAGCGUGAGGUACGAUUAAUUCUUUUCACUAAUAUGGGCUAGCUAUAAAAUUGUCCUAACCUGUAGCUGUACUUUGGUCAUCCAAAGAAACGUCAGACACUUUAUUUUUUACAUAGUGCAUGAUCUAUUUUGAAAUACUUGUUCCGAAAUCAGCUAAGAAUCUAAGCUUAUUUUAAUUUGCAGAGAAAGUCAAGUUGAACUACGGGAACAAAUCGACAAACUUGCUCAAGGUAGGAGUAUUAAGUUUCAGGAUUGGGGCUAACAUUUCAAGUUGCUGGGUAUAAUUAUAUGAGAUUAGCAGCAGGGGAAAUGUACAGCUAGUAACCUCUUUUGGUUUUAUAUUCCUUUUGGUUCCUUUGAGAGUAGCCGGGGCUCCUAGAAGCCAGGGUAAAUCGCUGGUCCCCGGCUCUUAGUGGCAGCCCUGAAGUUUAGAAAAUGAUAAUGAUAAUAAUAGUAAUAAUAAUAAUUGCAGUCAACUCUUGCCUUGUGGACACCCCACUACAACGGACAGGAGCUAAAUCCCUGACAAAAACAAAUUACAGAUUUUUGCCUGAAAUAAACUCUCGCUAUUAUAAUUAUGGACUUGCGCUAAAGAGGACAUAAACUCAAGGGGGUUUUGCUAAAGGCAGGCCCACGGCCCGCGACAGCCCCGCGGCUUGGUAACCCAGAGGCCGGGUUACCAUGUUUCUAUUUGUUGCAUGUUGUUCAGAUGAAAACGUUUUCAUUCUCUGUUCAUAGAAACCGAUAGCACAAUAGAGGACUUAUAUUAUCGAACGAUGUAAGUUAUUUUCAAACCGUACAUUGAAAGUGAAAAUAUCAUAAGUAAUGAGAUAUGUGAACUGCAAAUCUUUUUCUCUGCAGAGACAUGUCAGUCUAUUUACAGGAACCCCACUCCAAAAGGAGAGCAGGGCAGAGUUUUUCAAACUGUGGUUUGAAAAUAACUUACAUCGUUUGAGAAUGGACUUCCUCUCUAUCGGGUUCUGUAAACAGACAAAUAAACAGAGAAUGACAACUUUUUUUACUUAGCAACAUGCAACAAAAGAAAGGGUUGAAAAGGAUUGAAAUGAUUAUUAAAAUGGUAAACAAAUUCAAACUCACCGUCGUCCAUUUUGCACGCCCAAACCCACCCUCGUACCCAGCGUCUUUGUUCCCCUUAACCAGCGGUUGGGAAACAGCAUCUUGUCAAGCCAGCAUGUGCAGUAAGGGACGGAGACUCGAGGUACGAGAUUGGCCCUAACCCGAUGGAGAUCUGUGCAUGUGUGCGGAUUUACCGUUGGACAGAAAAACCGUGAAAAAUCAGGACUGGGUCACUGGGCUGCCGGGCAGCCGGGCUGCCUGGGCCUCCGGGCCAUGGGCCACUGGGCCACGGGCCUGCUUUUAGCAAACCCAAACUCAAGGUCCCUACAGUGUCCACUAUAAAGGGAAUUGACUGUAAAUACUUAUAUGGCACAUUUAAUAAGCUCUAUGCCCCUUACAAGAAUAAAACAUCUAGAUGAAAAAAUAUAAGAGCAGAAAUCCUAAUAUAACUUCUCACAGCUUAUGAAUUUAAAAAUUUUUGCCUAAAAAGAAAAGUUUUGAGCAGUUUUUUAAAACUGUCAGCAGUCUUUGCUUCCUUAAUGUUCUGUGGUAAGAUAUCCCACCAUUUAGGCGCUGCAACUGGAAAAGUUCUACCACCAUUGUUGUCAGUUCUAGCUCUUUGAGGACAGAGUAGUGAAAGUGACCCUGAUCUUAAGGCUUCAAGUAGUCUGCUGACUGGCCGUUUAUGGUCUUGUAGGUUAAGAGGAGAAUCUUGAAUUCAAUCCUCUUCUCAACUGAUAGCCAGUGCAGGUUUUUUAAGAAAGGUGUUGCAUGGUUUAAAUGUUUAGAAUUCAUCAUAAGAUGCGCCGCAGUAUUCUGAAUACGUUGAAGCUUAUCUCUUUGAUAUGCAGGGAUGCUAUAUAAUACAAUAUUACAGUAAUCUAAUCAUCUCAUUGCGAGAGUAGCUUUUUUACAAACUUCAUUGAUGUGAGCACUAAACAUCAAAUUAUUAAGUUUCUAGCUUUCUUUUUAAUGUCGAUGUUAGUUCCUGCAAACGUAACGGUUUCACCGAAAGAUGGUUGCUUUGUAAACUGCAAUGUAAAAUGUAGCACGUCAAUCUUUCCAGGAUUACUCUUGAGCAUAACUGUUCCAUGAGAAAAUAUGCUCAACACAUUGUUGAAGGGUAUCAAGAGCAUCAUUAUUCAGGUGGUUAGGGUUAAUAGAAACAUAAACUUGACUAUCGUCAGCAUAGAACAUACAGUUAAGAUCACAAUUUAGUAUUACACACUUUAUUAUUAUUAUUAACAAGCUACAUUUACAUAAAGCUUGUUAAUAAUAAUAAUAAGGUGUGUAUUACUAAAUUGUAUAUCAUAUCUUCAAGAAAAAUUGGGUCAGGAUUUGGGAGGCAAAUUGUGAUCAUUUUCUUCUCUUUUGUUUUUGCUCUUUCCAUUAACUAUAAGCUUAGAACUGGCUAAAGCUAUGGGAUUACAAAGGUCACUGAGAAUUAUUGAUUGCUUUUAUUAUUUACCAAUUUGAAACAGAUCUGCGUAGGUUGUCUGAACUACAAGAACUUCCAGUUGACCUUGAACCAUAUGUAAAGAAGCUAAUGAAUUCUAGGAGAAGAGUCAUGCUUGUAAAUAACAUACUGCAGAAUGCCCAGGUACUAAAUCAAACAAUUUUAACUACAAUUAAACACAAUAUGAACAACAUAAAUAAACAGCCAAACCUCCUUAAAACAGACACCAAAGGUACAGGGUUAACCCUUUAAUCCCCAAUAUCCACAUACAAAUUCUCCAAACUGAUCCCCAUACAUUUCCUUCAUAAAUGAGUUAAGAGAAUUUGAUAAAAGAUCAAGACAUUUUCUCUUAGGUGAUCAUUUUAUUAAUUCUCAUAACCUAAUCUCUUGACAUUGUAUGGAUAUCAUUAGGAGAAAAUUGACGUUAGUCACUAUUGGGACUUAAAGGGUUAAAGAGGUGUUGUUUUGUAGAGGUUGGUGCUGAUGAUUGUUGUCUAUGUGACCUGCAAGAGAACUCUUCUUGCUAGGCAGGGCCUCUAUUAUUAUUAUGAUUGUGAUUGUGUGAUUUUGCACAAUUGACAUCCAAAUCACAACCAGUCAUAUAAUCCUCAAACACUCCCAUCAUUAAUUUCAAAGAACGCAUAAAUCUGGACAAAAUAACAAACAUAAAUUCUAAUUAGUGGUGGAGGGGGGCUUAUUUCUUUUAGCGAAGAUUUUAGUAGCAGUUCUCCUUAAAGAAAAAGAACACAAAGUAGAAAUGCUCAAGUACAUGAAGAUGCAGGUCAUGCAAUCGAAGAUCAAAAACAAAUCCGACCUUCCAGCAAUUGAAUAAACCAUGAUACUGGAUCAGUCCACACAACUGUCAAACAAAAGUGAACUUUGAAAAGCUGUUAGACAACCAAGUCUUCCGAACGACAAUACUGCAAUCUGUUUUAUUCUUUUUAAAGUUUGUCCAUUGUGCCUCCUUUUGUGUUAAUGCAUUAUUUAAACGUUAUUUUAAUCUUUUAAGCAAUUAAAUUUGUUUUUAAUUAUUGUAUCUGGUGGUAGUUCCCUCUGUUUAGAUUUUGAUAAAGUUUGUUUCUCCACUUCGUAAAUGGCACCACAUAUGGGUGGCUCAGGAAAAAUCUACCAUUGUCAGUAUGAUCAGCAUGCAAAGGAAGUGGUGUCUGAUAACCUGGGGAUAGUGGAUUUUGCUAUUGGGCUUGUGAAUUCUGUUCUUAACUUGCCCGAUGGGCAAGUGAUUUUUUUUGGGCGGGGGGGAAUUCAAAUUACAGAAGAAAUGUAAUCAAUCCUGCUCAUCAAAUCUUUUCCAGGCCAGCUGACUUUCAGGCUAGUACAUUCUAGGUACAGCUUGGAAUUUGGGCAAGCUGUAAAACUGACUUUCUUUGCACCCUGAUGACUGUCACAUGUUAAAGCUAGUGUUCUUCAUGUUCUGACUUGUAUUGGCAACUCCAUUUAAAACUAAUAUAGACCAUUGUAUGCAGUAUUCUAGUCAAAGAAUUUAGUUAUUAACAAUAUCGUGUUAUGUUUUUGUUAUCAUUAGGAGAGGCUUGGCAGACUGCAUCAGAGUGUCACAAGAGAGACAGCUAAAAGAAAAGCUUUACUCGAACCUUCAGAGUUCUAGUACAACCAGAAAUUUAACAGAAAGUUGUAGAUAAAAAUAGACAAAUCUUUAUGCUGAAGUUAACUUACAUUAAACAUUUUUCCGAAAGAAGCAAAAGUUUCUUUGUUGGUGCUAAAGAUUAAAUUACAAACACUUAAGAUCACAGUACACAAGGUUUCAGUAUAAAUCAUAAUAAUGAUAUCACCUUUUAUUAAUAUUAAGUAAUGAUCCGGGUAAGGUGGAAAGCAAUUUCUUUUGUUAUGCGGCAACGGUGCUUUCCCCACAUAGAAAUGUUCUCAUUUUUACACAGAGAAUGCAUAAACCUACAUGAAGGCCGUUUACGCAAUAAAAUGCAUUUACACUCCACUUUGAAAGGGUG